UUUGGGGAAAUCUGAUACAGCAUCAAAUUGUUAUCCAGAACCAAUGAUCUCAGGAAGAAGAUAGACAUACAUACAUAAAUAAAGGAUUCACCUUUUAAUGAGAUAGAGAGAGAUUGAAGAAGGAGAGAAACUUGGAGAAAGACUAAACACGUAGGAGGGUUUAGUCCGUGGUCGCAAACGAAGGACGCACAAGAGUACACGACGAUACUCUCUCUACCUCUGUGUUUCCCUUCUCUAUCCUCCAAGUUUCAAUCUUUCAAUUUCGUUUUUUUUUCUCUUGCGUUGAUUGAUUUAGCUCGAUGUCGAACGAAGAGUCUCUACCGGCAUUCACUUUGUUCGGUUUGGAUGAUGUCGAGAACUACGGUCUGGUCAGUGAAGCUGACAAUUCAUUGCCUUUGGACAUACACAAUCAGGUGUUUCAACUUGUAGAAAAGGGAAACCAAGCAUUCAAAGAAUCUCGCUUUGAAGUGGCGAUUAGCAAUUAUUCAAAAGCCUAUUCUAUUAAGCCUCUUGAUCCUAUUGUUCUAAGCAAUAGAAGUGCUGCUUUUAUAAGACUUGGACAAUAUCUGAAGCAGAGAUCUGCAUCUAUUUCUGAAUAUACACCGCUGAACGGUUUUGAUAUGUCGAUGCUUGGGGAACUCGCUCUUAAGGAUGCUGAUAAGCUAAUGAAUCUUCAGAGUAGUUCAGUGAAGUCAUACACCACUAAGGCUUGUGCCCUCAUGUUGCUAGAAAUAUAUGAGUUAGCACGUGACACUAUCCUCUCAGGUCUACAGAUUGAUCCUUUUAGCGAUCCUCUCCGAUCCAAUCUCCAGGAACUGGAGAAGGUUAUGCCUACUUCGCUGAGAAAAACACAUGGAAAGGCUGAGAGGUCUGAUGACUUUGACUGCACCGUUUGCCUGAAACUGCUCUAUGAACCUCUUACAACUCCAUGUGGGCAUACAUUCUGCCGAUCAUGCCUCUUUCAGUCUAUGGAUCGUGGCAACAAAUGUCCACUAUGUCGCACUGUCAUUUUUAUGACUCCAAGAACAUGCGCUGUCAGUGUGACUUUGAAUAACAUCAUACAAAAGAACUUUCCAGAGGAGUAUGCUGAAAGGAAAUCAGAGCAACAAACUCUGGCCCACUUGGGGAAUGAAAGUAUGCCUCUUUUUGUCAUGGAUGUGAUCAUCCCCUGUCAGAAGUUGUCUCUUCACAUAUUUGAACCGAGAUAUAGACUAAUGGUGAGAAGAAUAAUGGAAGGAAACCAUAGGAUGGGAAUGGUAGCUCUUGAUUCUGCGACAGGUUCACCAGUGGAUGUUGCUUGCGAAGUCGAAAUCACAGAGUGCGAUCCACUACCGGAUGGACGCUUUGUCCUGGAGCUGGAAAGCCACAGAAGGUGUCGCAUUGUAAAAGCUUGGGAUCAAGAUGGAUAUCGUGUUGCAGAGGUUGAGUGGGUGACAGAUAUACCACCACAAAGCGACCAAGAGAAAACAGAUCUGCAGGAACUGACGACUAGUGCAGCAUCAUUUGCUCGGUCAUGGCUAGAGAGAGCAAAGGAAGCAGCUAGACAAGGAGACAGAAGAAGACUUGAAACACUUGUAAUUGUUGAAUCUAUGAUGCCUACACCUCAAGAUCCAGAGCGCUUCAGUUUCUGGCUUGUGACAUUGACAGAUAGGAGACCUUUAGAAAGAUUGGAACUGCUUCGGCUUCAAGAUACUGGAGAGAGAAUAAGGCGGGGGUUGAUAUAUCUUCGAUCAGUAGAACGAGGAUGCAGUAUGCAGUGAACCGGCACCUUAUUUACUCGGAUUACAAGCAAGAGAUCAAAACUUGUGAUGUGUUGAUAAGAAAGUUGACAAAGAAAAACAUUGAUUUUAUUAAAGGAAUACACAUAAAUAUAUAAGAGAUCCCUUGAAGGAUCAUUAUCAUCCUUGGUCGAGAGCCAUUAUAAAUGUAUUGUAACCAAACUACCCAUAUUGUUUCGUGAUGCAACUCAACUGCAGAAAGAAAAGAAAAAAAAAGAUUUGUGAAAGUA